AUGGGUAAAAGAAAACGCUCUAACUUCAAUCAAUGUAAAUAUUGGCUCGAAGACUCGGAACAUUUCGAUGACAAGUCCAGCGACGAAGAUACCAAUGUAAAUCAUGAUUCUGAAGAUGCGGAAAUACCUUCUACUCUUCAAGAUACUUCUGAUGAAUCAGAUGAUGGUAUGGUUGAAAAGGAUUCAGGUGAUGAAUCUGAUGAAAAUAGUAUUGAUACCGAAAGUAUGAGUGACGAGGAAUCACCUAGACGUCGAGCAAAACUUAAAUCACAAGUUAAACCAACACCGGUUAAAAUAUUUUCUUCAAAAUCAUGUCGACAAUGGACAUCGAAAGAACCUCCCAAGAAAAAAGUUCCAAUUGCUAAUAUCUUGCGACAGCGAACUGGUGUUGGUCGACCAGCAGCAGAUAUACAAACUCUGAAAGAAGCAUUUCAACUUCUGAUCACUCAGGAAAUGGUUCUUCUUUUGAUCAAAGAAACCAACCGACGAGCGCAUCUACUCUUAGAACGAUGGAGUGAAGAAAACCCUAAUGAAAAAAGUCAAUGGAGAGACACAGACCUUGAAGAAAUGUGGGCUUUCAUUGGGCUAUUGCUCCUCGCAGGUGUUCAUCGAGCAAAAAAUGAAACUCUGGAUGAACUAUGA